AAACAGUAUGUCGGCUGUAUCGGGGGCCAGCGACGCGGGAGCCCACAGUCAUGCUGAGAGCCUCAGCCGAGUCGGUGGCCACAUGUCGCGAAGCUAUUCAGAAAAAAUCGCGUGACACUCCGAUCAAAAUAAACACACGUAGACGUGAAAAUAUAUUAUAACGAUACGCAAAACACUGUGAUAUUAGAACUAGUUGAUAUUACUUUUUGAUUUGGUGAAGUGUUUUUUUUUUGUGUUAAUAACUUGUUUGUGUAAUUAUUCAGAGAUUAGCUUGGAUUUUUUAUUGGUUCGCGGUAAUGUCGGUGUGACGGUCGGCCGUGGACCCGAUCAGGCUGCGGAGGGCGGGCGUGGUGUCCGGUGGACGGCGGGCGGCGGGGGGCGCCCGCUGCGUGGAUGGUGGCGGGCGAAUGGGGCUAUGUGCCGGUGUCGGGCACUCCCGCCAUGAACGCAUUCUUCGACACCAACCAUGCGCACCUGGCGUCGUUCGGCCUCAAGAUGUCCCCGGAGGCAUCGUGCGGCGCGCCGCAGCACCGCGCUGCCGCGCCGCCGCACCCGCCUCACUACCAGCCCUACCCGCUGCCCGGCUACCAGAACGGCUACCUGCGCGAGUACGGCGGCGAGCUGUUCCCGCAGCAGCCGCUGGAGCAGAGCUGGUGCGGCGACGUGCACUACCAGGGCGUGCACGCGCACCCGCACGCGCACGCGCCGCACGCGUUCAUCCGCUACGUGCGGCCGCCGCCGCGGCGUGACAUGCGGUGCCAGUGGCUGGACCCCGAGCAGCCGCCGCCGGCCAAGCUGUGCAACAAGCUGUUCUCCAACAUGCACGAGAUUGUGACGCACCUGACGGUGGAGCACGUGGGCGGGCCGGAGUGCACGACGCACGCGUGCUUCUGGCAGGGCUGCCCGCGCAACGGCCGGCCCUUCAAGGCGAAGUACAAGCUCGUCAACCACAUCCGGGUCCACACCGGCGAGAAGCCCUUCCCCUGCCCCUUUCCCGGCUGCGGGAAGGUCUUCGCCAGGUCGGAGAACCUCAAGAUACACAAGAGAACGCAUACAGGUGAGAAACCCUUCAAAUGCGAGUAUGCGGGAUGCGACCGGCGGUUUGCAAACUCGUCGGAUCGGAAGAAGCACUCGCACGUCCACACGUCGGACAAGCCCUACAACUGCCGCGUGCACGGCUGCGACAAGUCCUACACCCACCCCUCCUCCCUGAGGAAGCACAUGAAGGUGCACGGCGCCGCCGGCGACGCGUCCCCGCACUACGACAGCGACGUGGAGGACUCCUCCUCCGCCGGCAGCGUCAGCGUGACCGCCGGCACCGCCAGCCCCCUCGCCCCCGCGCCGCCCCCGCACCACCACCACCCCACCAUCACCGACAAGCUGCAGAGCCUCAACGACAAGUACCUCAGCCCUGACCAGAAGUACGACCGCCCCCCGCCCCACCACAACCAGCACAUCACCAACAUAGGAGGCAACAUGCCGAAUGAUAAAAUCGGCUUCGGCGGCCACUGGGGCGGCUUCCCCGGGCCGCAGCAGCCGGCGCCGGUGUCGCACGGCAUCCCGGACUGGUGGUGCCCCUCCCAGGAGUCGUACCACCACCACCACCACCACCUGAUGCACCACUCCGGCGCGGCCGCCGCGUAUUGACAGCAUCGCGCUUAGUUAACUCUUCAUUCGACGAGCGUCCCGUCGCGGUAGUUUGAGCCUUGUGCACUGUUCCAGGUACAGUCAGCGGCGGAAAUGUGUAAGCGAAAUAAUGUUUAGAGAAAUUAGUUUCCUAACGGUCGUGACAAAUGACUUUAGUACGACUCUUGAUAGUAAUCAUGAAAUCACCUGUCGACACCGUUUAAAUGUUACGAAUUCCUGUUUUAAGCGUGGAAAAGUUGGAUUUUGCGCUGUUUAUCGAAAACUAAGUGUUGGCAUGUUUUACCACAGCACUCACAUACACUGAAAAAAUAACCUACCUACUGUCUUAUAUUCCAUAUCUUUUGUUAAUAUAACAAAAGCUUGUGUUUUCACUAACUAGCAAUGGUUUAAAUUAUUCUAAUAACGUACGAGCUACAACUUACAAAAUACUAUUUAAAUAAGUAAGGACCCAUGAAAACUUGUUAGUAUAAUUUUAAACCACUGUUUGUCGUGAAAAUUUUCACAGAAGAUUAUAAUUGUAGGUUAGGAUUUUGAGUGGUCUAUUUUAAAUUAUACUUGUUUAAAGUAUGCCAGUUCCUUUAAAUAGGUUAUACCAUAUUUCUUAAUUGCACUUAAGACAGGUAAACAGCCCAAAUAUUGGCACUUGAAGAGUAAAGAAAUUCUAUUAUUUUAUUAUUGGCACUUUACUUUGCUAAUAAUAUUAGUAAAAUAGAAUGCCAAUAACUCGGAGAAGGGCCAAUGAUUGGGUGGUUUGCUUUACACGUUACAUAUUUCUGACGCUGACUGUACAGUUGUAAAUAUUAAUAUCGUGGAAUGAAGAGUUAUAUUAAGCGCUGUUAUAUUUUAAGUUAGUUCUAACUUUUAAAGGACUGAUCGAUUCUAAACAUACACCCGUCCGUCGCAUCUCGCAGAUACAUUUACAAAAAGUUAAAUAAGUAUAAAAUAGAAAUAACGAAAACAUCAAUUCAGUUUUUAGGUGUGUCCAAUGUCCAUAUUUAUUUGAAAUGUAAUACAAAUUUUUGACUUUUAUCAAAAUGCAUU